AUGUCCGUGGAGCCCCAAUCCCGACCGCAGACGCAGACGCAAACACAACCGCCUGGCAAGACGCCCCAGCUCACGCUCUUCGUCGACUUCCACGUCCUGCCGGACCAGAUCGAGGCGUUCAAGGCCGCGCACCGCCCCGUCUGGGCCGCCUGCGCCGCCGAGCCCGCGUGCCUGCUGUUCGACGUGUUCCACGACGCGGCGGACCCGACGCACGUCCGCCUCGUCGAGGUGUGGGCCGCGGACCGCGCGUGGUUCGAGGCCCACCAGCUCACCAAGCCCUACUACGCGACGCUGUGGGAGCGCAGCCGGCCGACCUGGCGGCGCGAGGUCGAGAUCGCGUACUUUGAGCGCGAGGGCGAGGGGUGUGCGUACCGCAGCGGGUACUUGGACGGGGGGAGGCGGAUGGAUUGA